AUGGGCGUCUCCCUCUCCACCGCCCGCUGGCUCGCGCCCGCCUCCUUCGCCUACGACUUCGCCGCCCAACAAUACGGCAUCUUCUCCUCCCCGACCAUGAAAGAGAUCCACGACCGCAACCUCUCCUUCUUCUCCCCCCAACCAUACUUCAUCGCAGGCUUCUUCUUCCCCCAGCAGCUCUUCCAACUCGCCUGGCUCUACCGCCUCUGGAAACUCGACUCCAAGUCGCCGGCGGAGAAGAAGGAGCUGGAUCAGAUUGUGAAGUUCGUCCCCUACUACGCGCUCGGCAACGUGUGCAUCGGGACUUGGAUGUUCUUCUGGAACUCCGAGCAGCUCAAAAUCUCCAACCUCUUCGUCAUCCUCAACACGACGGCGCAGCUGUACUACGUCUUCACGCAACUCGAGCCCAUGAACACGAAGUCCUGGUCCUCGAUCCUCACGCACGUCGUUAGCAAGACGUUCGCUGGCAUCGGCGUGCUGGAUUUGCUGCAUAAUACCUCUGUGGCGUACUUCAAGGACGACAUGCCUAGUACCGCUGUCAAGGUCGGGACGGGGCUGGCUUUUGCCGGGCUGAGCGCGGUGAGCGAUUGGAUCUUUGGAGGGUGUUUGGUGUAUGAUCUCGUGGGUUUGAGUGUGGGACAGGCGGCGUAUAGUCAGGAUAAGAGUUGGAGCGGGAUGUUAGGGGGGUUUGCGGUGGGGAGUGCGGCGAUUGUUGGGUUGAGGAAUUGGUUCAAACCGCCGUAUGUGGACAGCGAUGAAGGUUAUGCUUUGACGGGGCAGGACGAGUAUCCAUGA